CACAGUUGAUUGCAAUCAUUAUAUCCAGAAGUCCUUCAGGUCUAAAGAGCCCUGGAGACUCGUCCCAGGGUCCGCACAUUAAUUGAUUUCUAUCAAAUGACAGAUAAUGAAGGUCUCCACCAGUAGCUAACCAUCUGAUAUAAUCAGGAAUGGGUUGCAUUUCUUUUUUUGGCAGUGCUUCCCCUCGCCACUGUUCGUUUGGCCUGUAAAAGCUAGCCUCAUACUUGUCAACCCAAGCAGUUCUUAAUGGGAUAUAAUUGUUAUUAAUCAUCUGAUAAUCAUCCAGAUACUUACAUGAAAUAUUUUCCCGCUUCAAAUUCCAAAUUAGCUCAAUGUCUUUCCAAACCGAGCUCUCCUCUAUUACUUUGUAUGACCAAUCACAUUCUUCUUUAUUUUCCUCUGAAAGCGACAAGAAGCUUUUCGAACGUUCCUCGUCGUUAAAGAUAUUCUGAUGACCUUAUCCCCCAGUAGGCCUCCAACGUCUCUCCCACAUGCUUUGCCUGGCUAAGGCAGGACAGAACAUCAUUUGUCAUAGCUUCCAUAUUCUCUUUGUGCUUGUUAGACCCUGGCUCUAUUCGGCCUUGGUAAACUUUAUGAGCCGAAAAUGGCCCGUGGCGAGAUAGAGCCUCGUCCUCGAUGGCGUGAACACGUUCAACAAAGUUUCUCUUGCUGUGGUAUUCUGCAAAAGAUACUUGUGUAAUCUUGUUAAGAUUCAGAAGUUGUAAACGUCUAACAAGGAGCAUUUGAACCAGGUGACUUGCUGGCUGUUCAGCUGGACCGUUAUCGACAAUGAAAACAAAAAUUGACUUUAGACUUCCUUUCGAGGGGUCCCGGAAAACGCAAUCCAAAGACGGCUUUGAUAUCAGAAGGAAGAGCUCACUAAAUAAUUUGAUUGUUGUAUCUGGCUCCAACAGAGAUGGAUUUAUAAGUGUCACUGCUUUUCCAGUACGAGUAACAUGAAGAAGAGUGUUAGAACAGAGUGCGCAGAUUCAACUGGAGCUCAUUAACAGUAAGAGAGGGCAGAAUGCUUUCACCUUUUGUUAUUAACGUCUUCAGGAACAGGUGGGUCAUAGGUGUCACUGCAUCCGUUCUGCUUUGGUUCCAGUCAUGGUCUGGGCACUCGAUGGUCUUCCAAGCUUUUCCAGGCUUUUGAACAGGAGUUAUUUCACCACAUAUUAUUAUUUUUGCAUCUUUAGAAUCAAUAUGUACAUUGUCUUUUCGUUUGUCACUUAAAUCGCAAAUGUAAUUUACAUUGGCGGUGCUGUACUUGAGAUUUACUACAAGUUUAUUUACAAGAGUUUUUGAUUAGUGGUGCAAUGAAAUUUUAGCGUUGACUUCCUUUCCAUGAUAAUGUCUUAAGGCGCACUGAGAGAAAUAUGAAAAGAGGGAGGUGAAUCAGCGUUGACUACUUCUAAAGCUUGCCUCAUGAAAGUGUUAUUAUCUUUACUUCUAAACGACACAUCAUUCUUUAGUCGGGGGUGCGCCUCUAAUCCUCCUCCUGAAUUUGCUCUUUGAUCCGCUUCACCGAAAACGUACUCUAAAACACUGGCUGGCUCAGGCCAUUCCUCGCACUUCAUCGUUCUUCCUCUGCUUUCUAAAUUUAGUUUCAUUUCCUUAUCCUUUCUAGCUUUGAUUAUUCUUCUCUGAAGACGGCUUUGCUGAAUGUUGGUCAUGUCGUUACGGACACAUUGGGACGUAGUCUUGAUGUCCAGUGCUCACUAUUGGCUUGGUUACAUGGAACAAAUAUGACAUCAAUUUCGCCAAAUUCUCGUUCAAGGUCUCUUGCAAUUUCCUCAUCAGUGAAUGUGUGGAAAGUUUCCCAAGAAAGGACUUUUACACAAUCGGAUGAAUGGUCAGAGAUAUGGUGUAGAUAUUGAUCAAUUACUAAAUUCGAAAUAAAGUUUUCAUCAGAAGUAUUUCCUCUUCCCGAAAGUUCCUUUACAUCGUCAUUGUUUAUGAGGAAGCUACCUUCAAAUGGAAUGUGUUGGGAAAGAAUGGAUUCAAUAAGUGGUUCCUGGUUGAACUGGUACUCUAUGGUGUGUGACAAGUGAUGCGCCAUUUCAGCUGGUAAACCAAGCUGAACAUCAAAGGUUUCUUCGUUUUGGCUGCACUCAAUAUCGUCUUCGUCAAAGCUUCUAUCACAGGCUUUAGCAAUGUCAUCCCUAUUAUCCACAGUCUUCCUCGUUGUUAUUUCUCUCUGUUCUGUCUCUUGUUUACAUUAACUGAGAUGACUUUAUCCUUGUGUUGAAAAAUUUCGUAGUUGGACAAUACCACUGCCUAUUGGCUCAAUGUAAUGCAUUUUAGAGAUUCCUGGUACAGUAGCUGCAUCAUCAAUUCCAAACGCAGGGUACUUUUUGCUGAUUUCCUCCCUUGUGACCAGAACAAUGCGGGUAGACAAAUGACAAUAUUCUUUUGCAGCUCUAGUAAACGAAAAGGCGUCAUCCACUUUUGGAAUCUUUUUUGUCGCCACUGCUGACCACACACAUCGUUUUACGGUACCGCCUACGCCAUCGACGGCUCGUUUGCCGUGAGCUGUGGCAAAAUAAUGCCAUCUCAGACAGAGGCCACUUAAUUCUUGUAUUUGAGAGAUAAACCGAAUAAUAAAUCUGUUCUUAAAAUUGAGAGCUUGGCCCAUCAGAAAAAAUUUCGACUUUCGAAAGUUGUGGAUGGAUUUGCUUAAUAAAGUCGUUCAAAACUUUAUCCAUGAACACUGUGAUUGCCUGUUUGUCGUGGCUUCUCUCGUAUGAAAUGAUGGCAUAGCUUUGCCGGGAUCCUUUUGUCCACACUACCACCGGAAAGAUUGUUACUUGUUCUUGAUCCCAGUGGGCUGACAGAACUUCAUCUAGCUGGACACGUGUAGUUUUCAGAAAAAUCAACAUGUACGAGAGCUUCAUCACCUUGUAAACUUGCCAUUUUGGUUUCAAAGAACUUUGCUUGUUUUCUUUUCAAUAAAACCUGAUCCAAUAUUGAUAAGAAGGGAUCCAAAGUCAUUGUUACUUUUGUUCCUUAGGUCUCCAAAAAAAUUCCAAUUGACAUUUAGGCCAUCCAUGCUGAUUUGCACAAUGUUGUUCAGCAACAAGCCACUUUCAAGUACAAUAGAGAAGUGUUUCAUUAGGUCGACUGCGGUACCAUGGCCUUAAAAAUAUAAAAAUGUUAAUGGUUUAUAUGUUAAUUUUUCAUAUUCAAGUCACUAUGGUCUACCAUCCAGAGUACGAUCAGACAAAGGUGGAGAAAACUUAGAUGUUGCAUCGUACAUGCUGUCACAUCCUCGACGUGGUCCAGGCAGAGGAAGCAUGAUAACAGGAAAAAGCACCCACAAUCAACGCAUAGAGAGACUGUGGCGGGAUCUCUUUCAAGGCUGCCUUCGCAUCUUCUACGAACUUUUCUAUGAUAUGGAAAGUAGUGGCGUUCUUUUGCCCGGGGACGAAAUCCAUCUCUGGUUCCUUCAUUAUGUGUUUCUACCGAUAAUCAAUCGCCAUUUGAGAAAAUGGAAAGACACAUGGGUCUAUCAUCCUCUCCGAACAGAACAAGGCAAAACCCCUAUGCAGUUGUGGAUAAGAGGCCUUCAGUAUACUUGGGGAACACAGACUACAGAAAGUGAAGAGGCAUUUCAGCCGAGCGACUAUGACAACUAUGGUGUUGACUGGAGCGGACCAGUUUCCACACCAGAACCUGAAAGUGUUGAAGUGCCCGACACUACCUGUCCUUUAUUGGAAAACGAAAAACAUCUGUUAACAGAUGUUUCAAACUUGACCAUAACAGAAGCAAUUGAAGCCUUUUGCACCAAUGUUAGCACAAUUUCACACAUAAUCAAUCACCGCAAUUAAUUUUUCAUGGCUCCACACGAUGUGGACUGAACUGAAACAAACUGACUUAGAAGCCAUAUUUAGAAAACGCAUAUAGAUAGUGAAGUUGUCUCUAAAGUCUCUUGGAAGAGUUUGGAGAAUAUUACUUG